UUGUUGCUGUCAGACAAAUGGAGCGAUGAGGAGAGGGUCAACGAUGGCUGCUUCCACCGUACGAUGGCUCAAGAGGUUGUACGUUUUCCUCUUAAUAUGUCCCCUCUGUGUCCCGGCCUUCUUGAACUUGGAGGAGCUUAACGAGAUGAAGUACGGGAUUCAGAUUCUUCCCGACCCCGUCAUCCUGGGGCAGACCAAGACAGAGGAGGUUAUGAUGGUGUCCAGUAAAUAUAAGCAGCUGUAUGAGUGUCGACUGCCAGCCCUGGCUGUCCGCUUCCAUCAGGAUCCAGCUUCUGAGCCUGACACACAGGACUACUCCGGACCAGACAUCCCAGACCUUCUCAGGCCAAUGCACAGUGCCCCAUGCCUCGUAAAGACGAAGGACUGGUGGACAUAUGAGUUCUGCCAUAGUCAACAUAUCAGGCAAUACCACCUUGAAGACACAGAAAUCAAAGGAGAUGUUCUCUUCUUAGGUUAUUUUGAGUCAGAAUUUGAUUGGAGUAAUGAAACAGCAAAGGCCUCCAAGCAGCACAGACUGAAGCGAUACCACAGCCAGACUUAUGUAAAUGGAUCCAAGUGUGACCUAAAUGGAAGUCCCAGAGAGACUGAAGUUCGGUUUGUGUGUGAAGAAGGCUCAGGUGACUACAUCGCCAGAGUAGAUGAGCCUCAGUCUUGUCGGUAUGUGCUGACGAUUCACACCGGUCGCACCUGCCAGCAUCCAUUCCUGCGGCCACCAUCCACAACCAAGCCACAGGGUAUCGUGUGCCAGCCAGCGCUAAGUGCCCAGCAGUACAUGGAUUACGUCAAGGCCCAAGUGUCGGACACAAAGCGUAAAGUAGAGCAAAUCUCCGAGGAGCUGAGGAGCCUUGAUGAGAUGUUAGCUGGUAAUGAAGAAGCAGAUGGAGCAGUGGAAGUAACAGCAGAGGAGACUUCACCUGCACCAGGAAAUGACCCAGACGAGUCAGACAGAAAAGGAUCUGAUGAUGUAUCAAUCGAUGCAGAGAAAGAAGAGACGGAAGAUUCAGAAUUCUGGGAAGGAGUCACAAAACCAGGGAAUUCAAAAACAUCUGCUUCUCAACAAGAGGAUCAGGCAGCAGAUGGUGGCUAUAACUCACAUGCAGACAAUGAAGUCGUAGAUGAUGGUGAUGAAGUAGAAAAAUUCAACUUUAAAAUCAUCACUGACCCAGCCGACCUGAUGAAAUUUGUUCAACACCUCAAAGAGAGUAACAGAAAGAAAGCACAAAACCAAGCCAAAAGUAGAGGAGAGACACCAACAAGCAACAAGCUGCCAGAGAAGCUCAGUGAGGAGAAGAAACAUGAAGAUGAACUCCUGCUACAGGAGUUUGAGGAUGAGAUGGCCGACCUCUCUGUGCCGUCUGAGAAGAUUGAAGAGAUAAAGGAGGAAAUGCAGAAGGAGUUUGACAACAUCAUAAAUGAGGCCCAGCAGGAACUGGAGACGGAGGGUCUGAAAGGGGAGUUUGAUCGCACUCAGGCAACGCAGACACUGGAGACAACACUGGAUAAGCUGCUGGAUCAUCUGGAGGAGAAAGAUGCUCAGGACCCAGAGCAGCACACAUCAGGGGUCCAAAGAGGCAGCGACCCCACCAGAGGCAGCCCCAGCCUGGCCCCGAAUCAGCCAGACCAAGCGGCUGACGACCAUGUUAAGAUCAAAAUAACUAAGUAUAAGACGGGCAGCAGCCCUGAUGGGGAGGUCAAAGUUCAGGAGAUGGGCGAAGGAGACCCCCAGUGGCAGCACAUAAAGGACGUGGUUAAAGAACAGCUAGAGAAGGCAGGACUGAAGGCCGAAGGUAAAAUUGAGGUGAAGAUUUUGACACGAAAGAAUGCAGAGGAGGCCGGUGACCAGUGGCUGACUGAAGAAGAUACAAAGUCCUUCAGGGAGCUACUCAUAAAUCUCUUGACUGGAGGCACCGAAGAAGUUUACAAAGAGCAAAAAAGGCAGCAGGAGUUGGAGAACAACUAUAGGUUUGUGUGGGGAGAGUCCCAGGAGGAGUCGCAGUCAUCCAGCACCUCUGACUCAGACGACGUGGACGUAUGAGUUCACUCAGUACAUGCAGCGCACCUGUCGUGAUGGUGAACUCCUGUGGAGGCCAGCAGGGAGGGGGACUCUGAAGUGUAGUCUAGUUAUUGAAAAGGAGCCCACUUGAUUCAAUUAUUGCUGUAAAACCUGGCAGAUAAUAUCAGCUAAGCCGUUUGCACAUUCAGAAAACGUAUGUGUGUCUCACGUAGGCAAUAAUGUAGGUGUCCUCAGUAGGCACCGUUUAUAUGUUGCCUGAUGAAACUGCGAUGUGUCAGCUGUACUUGUGCAGUUGAAUGAAGUUAUGCAUUUUCCCCUUUUUGAUGGGAUUCAGUUUUGAUAGAUGGCUAGAAUAGCCGAGUGACAUACAACAUGUACGUUUUUAGAAAUUGUCAGCAGCACACUGUUUGUCCACAGUGAAAUUACUACUUGCAUUUGUCUUCUAUGUUGCCAAUGACAGAGUCGUCCGUACCUGUAAGUGACUCAGCAAAGGGAUUUUGUGUACCUCAAAAGGCUGAAUGAUUGUCUACACAGGUUGUUCCACUUACCGUUUACUUAAAGUACAAUUGUGUCUGAAAGUGAAAAAGCAAAGGACAAAUACUCGAGGCUUCACGUACCAAAUCUCACUGGUCUUUGAAAUUUUCUGACACACUUUGUUUGGUGGAGAAGUUAAAAGUAAACACAACCAUAGAUUACACAAGUGUUUGUACACAUGCUGUGGUACUUGAUAUUUUUAGAAAAGGUUCUGUAAAUCCCAAAUUUCUACCAAAAACAAACAAAAAAAAAUACAAAGGUUUUGGUCUUCGCUCUGGAUUUCAUGUACUGUUGAAAGAAAUGAAAACACUUAAAGGAGUGUAGUAUGAUAGAUCUUUUCAGUGUGUACUCUGUCUUUGUUUUGACAAGAACUUAGCUAUAUUUAGUUUACCUUAAUUUAGGAAAGGAAAACAAAGCUACAGUGUCAAUCAGAUUCAGUGUACCAAAUUAAUGAAGUUUGUACUUAAAGGGCUGAUCUUGUAUAGUUUGUGAAUAACUGCGGCUGCCUGGAACAUGUACAUAAUUAUUCUGUCAAUAUGUUUUGGAAUUGAUUUGUUGUAUAUUAGAUUACGUGGGGAUUGAGUUGCCUAAGUAAAUGUGUUUAAAAUUUC